CGGUUCAGCCAGGGCGGCUACAAAGACAAGUCCGCUGGAGAUUAAUUGGCCUUUAUUAAUAAUAGGAAAGAACUGCAGUCUCUACACGUGACCUCUGACCUUCAUUUCCUGCUGCGUCGAAAAGGCCGGGCAGCGUGAGCAGCUGCUUCGCUAUUGGCCACUUUAGGCCGCCUUCUCAGACGCGCCUGUUUGAUUGGGUCUCUCUGCAGGAGUUCAUAUGGAAAAUCACUUUGGGUUCAUGGAUACUAACACUGUACCUUGUACAUCUUUUUCCUCUGGAGAGGCACUUAUGACAGAAGGGGCUGGUGUGUCCUGCUGUAGAGAAGUAGAUAGCAUUGAAGAAGCCAAAUUACCUGGUGACCUUUCUGGAGCCGGUGCCGACAUUAAGCCAAAAUCCAUACGUCGUGCCAAAACAUGGUCAGAUGAAGUUGAGAACCUGUACAGAUUUCAGCAGGCUGGAUAUAGGGAUGAAAUUGAGUAUAAACAAGUGAAGCAUGUUAGCAUGGUUGAAAGGUGGCCAGAAACAGGAUUUGUGAAGAAACUGCAGAGAAGGGACAAUACUUUCUAUUAUUAUGACAAGGAAAGAGAAUGUGAAGACAAAGAAGUCCAUAAAGUUAAAGUUUAUGCUUACUGACUUUGGUUAUGGCUAGCUGUUUUUUUUUUAUAGAGAAAAAUUAUCUGAAAUUGUUUUGUGUUCUGAGUGAAUUCUGAGCAAUUAAAUGGAUUUUCUGAAACUAAA